AUGACAGGAACCAGUCUGGAGGAGCUGCUGAGUGACCUGGGACUGGAACACCACCUGAAGAACAAGCUGACUCUGAGCCAGGUGCUGCAGAUUGAUGGAGAGACGUUAUCUGAUGAAAGCAUCCAGUCUCUGAAAGCUCUACCAUGGUGUUUCCUGAGGAAGCUGAUGAUGGUGAAUGUGACUGCUAGGAGUGUGAGGUGCACCUCUAAACAGGACAUGGAACCCCAAAACCUGGACAAUCUUUUUGACACUCUGGACAAUCCAGUGGGCUACAGCUCCAAUGUGGUCAACCCCCUGGACCUCAUAACUGCUGUUCUUAUCUGCUCAGAUUGUUUUCUCCAGCAGGAAAUGGCUUUGAAAAUGUCUUUGUGCCAGUUCUCUGUGCCUCUGCUGCUUCCUAAAUGUGAUGAACAAGAGUGCACUUUAAUGCUGUGGGCCAUGAGGGAUAUUGUGAAAAAGUACAAGCCUCAUUCAUUGGUGGACCCAAGAGGGUUUGUUGAGGAGAGCAUUGCUCUCACUGACCUCCCCAUGGUCUCUUUUGUGAGGCUGGGAAACAGCAGCAUGUCCAAGUCUCACAUUCUGAACCAAGUUUUCAGCAACCCUCAGCAGUACCACGACACCUUUGUUCACAAAGACAUGGAGUGUUGUGACACCCCAAGGAGGAUUUCCAAUGGGCUGGUGGAAAUCAGCUGGUAUCUGCCCAGUGGGAAGAGCGAUACCACUGAGAUCUUCAAUGAGCCGCUGGCUAUAGCUAACCUCCGUGGGGACCUCAGAGACUUUGAAACUCAGUAUGCAUUCCUCUGUAGCACCUCUGCUGCCAUAUUUGUGUUUUGUGAUGAUUUUGGGUCCGAAUGCAAAAUUCUGCACUCCAAAAACACUCAGGCUCAUUGGUUCUUGAUCAGCAAUUCACAGAGCCAAAGCUUCAAUAAGAAUGACUGCAAGAGAUGGGUUUCUGAGUUACAGCUACAACCUAGUAACAUAAUCAUAAAGGGUCCGCAGCUGAAUGUCACAGAAUUUCUCAAUAAACUACAUUCUGCUAUCCGUGACAUUUUAAAGGGAAAUGUGGUCAAAAAAAGUGUUGAAGGGAUGUCUGCUGUCGCCUAUGAGUUUGGGAUCCGCGUUGAUGAAGAUUAUACCUGCUGUCAGAAGGGCAAGCAGAAGGCUGAUGCAAUCACAGGAGGGAUAUCUGAUAUUCCAAGCUUCAAGGAGAAAGAGCUGCCCUUGCAAGGGACUGCAUGGAAACAGCUGGCCAAACUGGAGAAGGAAGAGUGCAGGAUGAAAAAAGCUGGGGCGAAAAACCUAGAAAUUUACAGGAAUGAGCUUUCAGAUCAGAGGAAGAAGCUCAGAGCACAGCAGAGAGCUCACAACAUCUCGGAGUCCAUGUCCCGUUUCAUCUCUUCAAUGUCCAGUUCUACAGAGGAAUGCAAGUAUUUCCUUAAGUGGAUGAGGAUCAACUUGGACAACCUGUCUCUCAAAACCCUUCCACUGCUACAGGCAAAGUACGAGGAAUGGUGUCAGAAUUCCCCAGAAAACAAGAAGUUCAUUGCAGAGUUGGACAGGAAGAUCUCCAGUUGUUCCUUGGGGACGGAGCACUUCCUGAGGGAAAUGGGUCAGCUGUAUGAGUCAGCCUGUUCACUCCCUGAAGGCCCCACCUCUCAGAUCCAGCGCCUGCCACGUCUCUGUGCCGAGCUGCUGCAGGAAGGCUUUCCUCUGGAGCUGGUGGAUGGAGACGCAUCCAACAUUCCUCUGGAGUGGGUUACACAGGUUCUAAAGGAACUCCAUCAUCUCACACAAGAUACAUGUAAGAUUCGGGUGAUCACUGUACUGGGGGUUCAGAGCACUGGGAAAUCCACGCUCCUGAACACGAUGUUUGGGGUCCAGUUUGCUGUCAGCAGUGGCAGGUGCACCAGAGGGGCCUUCAUGCUCCUCAUCAGAGUGAAAGAGGAUUUUAAGAGGCAGCUUGGGUGUGAUUACAUCGUAGUUAUUGACACUGAAGGUUUGAAUUCACCAGCGUUGGCCCAGUUGGAUGACAGUUAUGAGCAUGACAAUGAACUGGCCACUUUGGUUGUGGGGCUGAGUGAUAUCACAGUCAUCAACAUUGCCAUGGAGAACUGCACAGAGAUGAAGGACAUCCUGCAGAUUGUGGUGCAUGCCUUCCUGCGCAUGGAAGAAGUUGGGAGAAAACCCUGCUGUCUGUUUGUGCACCAGAAUGUUCCGGACAUCUCUGCUCAUAAAAAGAACAUGAGGGACAGGAAGCUUCUGCUGGAGCAGUUGAAUGAGAUGACCCAAGCAGCAGCUAAGAUGGAAAAGAAGGGAACGAACAAAACAUUUACUGAUGUCAUGGAGUACGAUCCAGAGAAAAACAACUGGUACAUCCCUGGGCUCUGGCAUGGCAACCCUCCCAUGGCACCUGUCAAUGUUGGCUACAGUGAGUCUGUGAAUCUUUUCAAGAGGAGUGUGAUUGAAAAGUUUAUGGAACAAAAAUCUGGAAAGAGCUCAGCACAUACAAUCAAUGACUUCCUUGAAUGGACCAGGAGCUUAUGGAAGGCAGUGAAGUAUGAGAACUUCAUCUUCAGUUUCCGCAACAGCCUUGUGGCUGAAGCUUAUGCUCAGCUUUGUACCGAGUUUAACAAUUGGGAGUGGAGCUUCAGCAAAAACAUGUACUCCUGGUUAAUGGACGCUGAGAUAAAAGUAUCAAACUUUGGAAUAGAAGCAGCACAGGCUCAGUUAUCCUCCAAUAUUGACAACUUGCUGAUCCGCCUUAAAAGAGAAGUCUCUGUCAAACUGGCAGAGGAGGAACAGCACAUUUUGGACAACCUCACAGAAUUCUACAAGAAAGAAGAGGGACAUGUUCAUUUGGUAGAGAAGUAUAAGGAGGAAUUCAUCAGCACAGCCAAAACUGUCAGGCGGGAGACCGAGAACUCUGUGAAAAACAAGCUUGAGGCAGCGGUGGAGAUCAGAAAGGGUAUGUUCAGGUUAGAGAGCAUCAAGAAAAACCACACAGCCACAAUGGAGCAGAAGGUGCUGGCCCUGAUUGAGAAAUGCAGAAAAAGUGAAGAGCCACCAGAUCAACUGCUGAACAAUGAAUUUGAGAAGAUGUGGAAUGAGACCGUGGCAGAACUGCAGUUCCCUGGCAUGGAAGAACGAGACAUUAAGCAAGACAUCUCCCACCAGCUGUGGGUUAACUUAGAGAUGAAAGGCAGCACAGUACGUGAAAUACUGUUGAAUGUGGGAAAUUUGCAAGAAGAAGCAGAGGGAAUGUGGCAGACAUUAAUUGAAGAUGAGCCGAAGGUAAUGACAAACAAAAUGGUUGCUCAAAUAAUCAAGAACAGCAGGACGUUUGUGGAGUAUAAAGUGAAAACAAUGGCUGAUUACCAUAAAACCUACAUAACAGAGUUGCUUUGCAGGGUAGACGAAAACCUGGAUAGGUGCAGUGAUCUGGAAAGUGCUGAGUUUCAAGCUAAGCUGAAGAUCCAUAUCUGUAGACAUGCAGCACAGGAGUUUCUUAAAAUGCAUCAGGAUUUUAUCCGUGCAAAUGACCCCCGUCACUGUCUGGAACAGUUCAAGGAACAGUACUGCACUGACUUUAAGGACCUGUUCCAUAAAAAAGACCAGUGUCAGAAGAAAGCUGAAGAGUUUACCUACAACUGUCUUCAACCUGCGGUGAAGGAAUACAUCACCAAGUCUCUGGGCCCUGACCUUGUGGAUGAAAUGUUGACAGGGCAGAAAGCCAUUGACUUCAGCACUCGAACUUUCUUCCAGUUCUCAAUCCUCAAGCAACUGCUUUCAGAAGAUCACUUCAAGGGCUUUGAGAUGUAUGUGAAUAAUUACGAGACUUUUGUACAGGACUGGUUAUUGCAGCAGAUGGUUCAGCAGUUCUCGGAGGGAGAUGGCCUCAGGAUCAUUGAGAUUAAGCACCUGGAGGUGACUGUUAAAAAAAUUAAGAAAGCCAUUCAGAACGCACAGAUAGAGUCCAGUAAACGACCAGUGGGAAGGGGUAAGGAGGCAGGAAGGGGUGAGGAGGCCAAGAACAUUCAGAAGUUCAUUCAGGAUAUCUGUAGUGACCUACAGAAGGAGCUUGUCAUCCCCAAAGACCACCUCAGAGCAGUCCUGGCCUUAAACACUGCCAAGCCAGAAGACUUUUCCCAGUGUCUGGAGGUGCUUGUGGAUGAAAUGGAGCAGGCCUUUACCAGAGAGUUUCAGAAAGGUGGGGAUGUGAGGGCCAGGCUGACCUCACUGCCCUUUCAGCCACACAAGGUGCUGUUUAACAGGGUGUUUGGCUGUGGGAGGCAGUGUCCUUUGUGCAAGGCCCCCUGUGAAGCUGGUGGCAAGAGCCACUCGGAGCACUUUGCCUCCAUUCACCAUCCUCAGGGGGUUGGGAGAUACAAAAAUAGUGAAUCCUUUAAAUUAAUGUGUGACAUCUGCUCCACCAGUGUUGCCAGUGAGCACCGAUUCAAGUCGAUUGACACAGGGGGGAAAUGGCAUCUAUGCAAGGACUACCAGAGCAUUUACCCUGACUGGCGCAUCCAGCCGGAUAACAGCAUCCAGGCCUCAGACUACUGGAGGUACGUCUUCAACAGGUUUAACAAGCAGUUUGCAGAGGAAUAUGAAGCCAAGCCUGCUGAUAUUCCCCACCUAUGGAGAUACAUUACCCAGGGACAAGCCAUGGAAAGCCUGAAGGAAUCCUUCCAGAUGAAAACAGGAGAUUAA